AAAACAAAUAUGUCAGCGCCCUAGCUCUUGAUUAGUUCAUUUCUGGCAGAUUUUAGUAAUUCAGUAGGAAAUGGUGGGAGUACAUGUAAAACUAAAACUCUAGGUUGAUAGACAUUGGAAGUAUUUUUAUACCGCGAAGUACUAACUUUGUGUGUGUACGAUAGCUGUUGUCAUGAGCUCAAAAUCUGCAAUACAGCUUCUGAAAUUUUUCGUCUACAAUCCUACUUUGAGCAAAAAGGAAGGAGAGGAGGAGAAGAACUUGAUGUACUACUAUCCUCAGGACGUGCCCCUAGACAACAAGAUCAAAGAUGUCGGACUCUGCGAGGCUCUGGUCAAAUUCUCGCGAACCUUCGCGGCCGACGCGCCGUGCGAGUCGCUGCACACACAGAAGACAAGACAGCUGUUUCUAGAAGCAGAGGAAAACUACUGGCUCAUAUUGGUGAUCAGCAUCCCUACCGCACAGAAGGUGAAAGAUUCGCAGGUGUACAUAGAGUAUCAUGAAGAUGAUGUACACGACACAGUCUACAUGGCCGUACUCAAACAAGCCUAUCAAAUGCAGGCUGUCAUGGCACGUUCGACGAGGUGGUGGCAAAGACCAGCUUGGAUUCACCUGAAAAUACGACCUGAAAGCAUUCUCUCUCAACGGUAUUUGCAGACGUGCGUGGAUCGCUGCGACGUACUGGACGUCUUCAACGGCAUGCAGUUCCUUCCGCUCGACAAGAACGGCUACCUGCGCACGCAGUGCUUCCUGAACCAGACCGAGGCCAGCUUCCCGCAGGUCAAGUACACGGCCUUCCUCUACAACGAGUCGCUCGUCUGGAGUGACUGCAGCAGGGUCGACAUACGGAUACUGUACAAGUACCUCACCACGAGUCUGUCCCUCCUGCAUGGAUCAGAGCUCCAAGCUGGCACUUGCUCCCCGCGAAACCAGGCGCGCACAUCUCCCACGAUACUAGGAAAGUUUAUAACGGGCCCGCCUAACCUGGCCGACACCACGAACCUGGGCAAAGUGCCUCGCAUCUUCGUCAACGUCGACGGCAAGAAGUCGGAAGAGUGCCACCUGGUGGUGUACCGGGCGCUCAGCGCCUCCGUGUGUCUCAUGGUGGAAGGCUCCUACCAGCUGAACUUUGACUUCUACCGGCUGCUGGAUCAGUUCCUCGGGCCGCAGCUGACGGUCCUGGCUUCCGACAUCGGCGAGCAGUACGGCAAAAGGCUGUCCGCGCCGGCGACGCUAGCCACAAGUACAUCUUACUUUCAACACAUGAACCUCGCCGAGAAGUCUUCGCUGCACGCGCGUCAACGGCCGCACCGUGGACCACGUGCCACCAGAGGUCGCCAAGCUAAUUGCCGAUGUGAGACGGACCUCGCGAUGUCAGGGGACGACUGCGAACUGGUUGUGAAGGGACCCGGCGAUUGCUGGGUCGUCGCGCGAAAGAAAUCCGACCAACGCGAGCUCUACUACGUCAACCAGAAGUGCAGCAACCUCAUCGAGAUUGCAGAAGAGGUUAAGAAACUCUGCGCAUCACAUUUCAACAAUAUCUUCUUCUUGGACUGAGGCAGCCUUGUAUAUAUGGCCAACGUGGAGCGAUAUCCGCUACCCCCCAAUCUGUCCUGUUCAACGCAGGAGACAAUUUCGAGAUGGAAAAUAUUUAGAAAGCUAGGCUGAAAAUAUUUAGAUGGCAAAACGGCUUCAUGCAAUCGACUUCCCCUUUGCUCUGAUUUAUGCCAACAUGCAAUUACAGGUGAUUAACCGCAUGAUGUGCAUUAAUUAUGUGUGUGCGGUGUAAAUAAUUCAAAGUUGUAAAUAAAAGUCACAAAGGUUUACGUUUUU